AUGAGCCGGGGUCAGACUCGCGACUGGAAGAAGGAGAGAGUUGUCUUGGACAGACGAGGCUCGGACGGAGAGUACGAUGUCUCCUAUAACAAGUCUGACCGCAUUGAACGACCUGGACUGAGCUACUACGGUCCGAACUUCUCCAAUAUCGAGAAUAAACGCUCAGCAUCUUUGGCAUAUGGGGAUAUCAGGCACCCUGUGACGCCUGAUCGCUACGGCAAGCGCCCACAGCCAUAUACUCCUGAGGUGAAGAAGGACCAUAAAGAAUACAAGAAGUAUGGCGAUCUAUAUGCGGAGACCAAGGCAAAGACGGACAGCAAAUAUGGGCAUCUCCUCAAAACUCCGAGAGACGACGACCACUAUCGACAGAACAUAGCAAUGGCUCGUGACCUUUCGCAUGACACCAGGCUGGCAGCUAAC